GCUGUCAGAAUCUGUCGGAAAAGCCUAGUCGCAAUUGUUUGCGUGAAUGUGUGUGUGUGUGUGUGUGUGUGUGUAUUUGCUUGUUCUGUCUCGAACUCUGGGCUUCUCUAUUUCUCUUUCUCUGUUGCGAUUGCUAUUUUCUUUCUCUUUUCUUUUUCCUUCCACGCCACACAGCCAGCACGGGGCAGAAGACCACUUGCAUAACCUUGAAUCCAUAUAUUCCACCCCACCUUGGCAUACAAUUUCCCGUUUGCACCGUGCACAAGCCAGCCACACGUACACGCACACACACACACACACACGCAAUCAAAAGCACCCGCGCGCGUGUGUGGGUCGAAAAUUUCGGUGCCCCCAGGCGGAUGCGGUUUUGUUUUGUUUUCGCCACCGUCCUCCGACACGCAGGCAGAACCAUUUGCGUGUUUUCGGUUCCGGGUUCGGAGCCCGCGCGCCAUCUCCGCUUCACUUUAGUAACGGCGCAACCCGCGGCAGAGCAGUGCAGAAGAGCGAGAACGAAACAGUCCUGUGCAAGGGCAGUAGGGACGACAUACUUCAGCAGCUCGAGAUGCGAUACUUCACGCGGAACUUUAAUGCCUUCGCCUGCUGCUGCUCGCUGCUGCUCCUACCGCUCGGCGGCCUUGCCGAUGUGGAGCGGGGCGCCCCGGAAGCCCCGGCGAAGGCACCCAUCCACCAACACCAACAACACCAUCCUCACCAGCAGCCCCAAUCAGUCAAACUCCAUCAACCGGCGGUGCCGCCCUCCGCCGCCUACCAUCAACCAUCACCCGCCACCGGUGCCGCCCAGCAUCCGGAUGGGCCCGCGCCACAGCAGCCGGUCCAUUACCAUCAGCAGGCGGCACCGGCAGCGGCGGCAACGUCCGCGUCGCCCGAUCGGUCCCUGUCCCGGCAGCCGCCCUCCUCGCUGGCGGCCACCUCGGCGCCACCCCGGCCACUCGAGACGCGCAACUCCUACACCGUGCUGAGCCAAGCGAUGUCCCAGGCAGUGCAUCACGAAUUCGAUUUCCUAUUUCUCAUUUCAGGCACGUACGGGAGCGGGGCGAUGGCCGGCGAUGCCGGCAGUGUCUGCACGAUCGACGACAUCGACUGUCUGGCGCACCACGACCAGCUCGGGAUGGAAGCGAUCCGUUCGUUGCAUCGCCAGCUCGAUGACGAUGAUAACGGUGACAUCGAUCUUUCCGAAUCUGACGACUUUCUGAGGGAAGAACUCAAGUACGAUUCGGGCUACGAGAAGCGCCACAAGGCGUUCCACUUCAACGACGACAUGCACAUCUCGGUGAAGGAGCUGUGGGAAGCGUGGCUCCGAUCGGAGGUGCACAACUGGACGGUGGAUCAGACGACCGAGUGGCUGGCGCAGAGCGUCCAGCUGCCCCAGUACGUGCACCUGUUCCGGCUGCACAAGGUGACCGGGAAGGUGCUGCCCCGGCUGGCCGUGAACAACAUGCACUACGUCAGCAACGUGCUCGGGAUAAAGGAUCCGAUCCACAAGCAGAAGAUAGCGCUCAAAGCGAUGGAUGCCGUCCUGUUCGGGCCACCGCGUGAAACUGGAACCCGGUGGAAAGAUCUGCUGCUCGUCACGCUCCUUCUGACGGCCAUCAUAGGCAGCUGGUAUGCAUAUCAUCAGAACAAGAGCGCCAAAAUACACAUCCGCCGCAUGGCGAAGGAUGUGGAGGGUUUGCUGAAGGCGGAAGUCGCCCUGAAAGAGAUGCAGAAGGAGCUGGAACAGGCCCGGAUCGAGCAGGAGAACGUGGGCAAGGAAAAGAUGGAUCUCGAGCGGCGCCUCCGCGAGGCGCCGACCCUGUCCUCCUCCAGCUCCGACCUGGAGCUGCAGCAGCUGAAGCAGGAGAUCGAGGUGCUGCGGUCCGAGCUGAACCGGGCGGAGGUGGAGAUCCACGACCACUGCUGGACGCCGCCGCAGGGGCUGCAGAGCUGGCUGCAGCUGACGUACGAGCUGGAGAACAAGCACCACAUCCGCAAGCGCAUCAUGGCGGAGAAGCAGCUCGAGCAGGCGCGGGAAGCGUGCGAGAAGCUGCGCAAGAAGCGCUCCAGCCUGGUCGGUGCGUUCGUGUCGACGCACGGCAAAAGCAUCGACGACGUCGACCGGAGCAUCGUCGAGGCGCGCAACGCGCUCAACGACGUGACGAACGAUCUGCAGGAGCGGAUGCACCGGUGGAAGCAGAUCGAAACGAUGCUCGGGUUCGGCAUCGUCAACAACAGCGGCAUCGCGCACCUGGAGAAUCUGCUCUACAAUCGCAACGGCGUCGCCGGCAAAACGUACCGAUCGCGACUGUCGAGUAGCCAGGACGAUCUGGACGAUGAUUCCGUGCAAGGUAAGCCGAUCAGCUUUGACAAUUUUUCAAUGUUCUCGUCGGAGUAACAAAACCAACCGACCCCGGGCCACUACACACCCUCUUCUGCCCAACUCCAUCCACCUCCCCCUACAUCUCCCAACCACCUCACUCAAACCCUCACCAAAUGUCAACGACCAGCGACUCCGCCGAUGGGUUGACGGGCACCCGACGGGUGACUAUGGUACCGGCUGGACGCGUGUAUGGCGGCACCCAUCCCCCCUCCAGCUCCCGCCAAGUGACUACUCUGUGUGUAUUCCUAUGUCCGUUUUGUUUCAACGCAGGAGUUUUAGCAUUACCUCAUUUUACAAUGGCCGUUCAAUUGCAGCAGCAGCAGCAACAGCAGCUAGCGAAUUGUUUUCGUAUGUUAAUGUUUUUUUCUUAAAUUGUAAUCCAUUUUUGCUAGAGUUCAUUUUUGUUGCGUUUAAUUGUAGCUUGUCCAAGUGGAAAAAUCCUUCCCGUCUUUUUUGUUUUUGCUUCACUUUUGGGAUGUUCGCAAAAAAAAAAAACAAACAAAAAACAGCUGCGUAAUAUGGUACGCCAAUUUCGGCUAGUUUGAUCACAUUUCAUACGAUGCAGUGCAGCUUAGUUUUCUGUUUUGUUUAUUGCUAU